AUGAGUUUUAGAGAUAUUCUAAAUAACACUUAAAAAGUUAAAAAAAUCACAAAAGUGGCUUUCAAUGCAUUGGAUGAAGAUGACAGUGGCUAUCUAGAGAGGAAGUAAUAAUUGCUCACAUAAUUUGAGGGAAUUAAUUUCAAUUUUGAAUAAUUGUGCUGACACUUUGAAAAUUGAAAGACCAUCAUCAGAAGAAAUGGAUGAAAUACUAAAAGAAUUAGAUGAGAAUUCAGAUGGUAAGGUUUCAGAAAAUGAAUUCCAAAAAUUAAUUGAGAAGGUCUUAAGUAUUAUGGCUAAAAUAGAAGAAAAAUGA